UCAGACAGCUUCCUGCCCCACCUCCUUUUUUCUCUCUUCCUAAGAGCCAAAAUUGGAUGGUUUGUUGUUUUUUUUGGUCCACAUGCAGCUCUGGACAAAGUAAAGACCCAGAAACGAGAGGCUGUUGCUUGGGACAAAAGCAGCGCCAGAAGCCCUACCCACCGGCCUCCUUAUGGCGAAAGUGGCAAGAAAGGUGACCUCUGAUAUUCAGACUGAUUUGGCUGAAGGCCUUCCACCAUACCAAACCCCCAGAAGGAUUAAACCGGACCCCGACAGACGACCGGCGAAAGAAUGGGAAGCCCAGUGGCAGGAGUUCUUGCAGACCUUGGAUCCCCCAUACUCCUUAUGGAGAACCCCACAGUUGAAAGACCCCGCACCGUGGGACGACACCAAAGCUUUCCUGACCUCCUUUCAGCAAGUGGCCGAAGCCUGUCGCUGGCCAAGGGAGGACUGGGUGGCUCGGCUCCUCCCGGCGCUCAGUGGUGAAGCCAAGCAGGCGUUUAGUGGCCUAGAAGCCAAAGACCAGGAGGAUUUUGGGAAAGUGACGGCUGCCAUCUUGCGCAGGGAGGCCACCAAAAUAGAGGCACAACGCCAGCACUUCAGGCAGUUCCGCUACCAAGAGGUGGAAGACCCGCGAAGGGUUUACGACCGGCUGCAGGAGCUCUGCCGCCAGUGGCUGAAGCCGGACCAACGCUCCAAGGAGCAGAUCUUGGAGCUGCUGAUCCUGGAGCAAUUCCUGGCCAUCCUGCCGCCAGAGAUCCAGAGCUGGGUUCGGGAAUGUGGUCCGGAGAAUGGCAUUCAGACCGCUGCCUUGGCCGAGGAUUUCCUAAUGAGCCAGCAAGAAGUGGAGACGUGGAAAUGGCAGGUGCCUGUGGGAUCAAAUGCUGUGACAGUGAAUCCACUCAAUCCUGGGAAGAGACCACUGUAUACGGAGGCCAAAGAGGGGAGUGAUGUGGUUGCUGAAUCCCAAGAUGUUGAUGUAGCUCUUCCUAGUCCUUCAGCACCAUUGUUGCCUUCCGAGGGACAGGAUUUGCCAAAUCCAGAGCCAACAGAGGGAUCUGUGGACUUGGAGUUGGCUGUGCAUUUCACUGAGGGUGAGUGGGCUUUGGUGCAUCCACACCAGAGAACUCUUUACAAGGAGGUCCUGCAAGAUAACUACAGGGAUGGAGCGCCUCUGGGAUCACCAUAUUUUCUAGGAAAGCUUCACAGAUUGACGAUGGAUGGUGGAAUGGAAAAGUUUGCAGAAGACCCAAAGCAGGAAUCAAAGGAGAACCAUAUGGAUGUCCUGGAAACGGAAGAAGAUGGGGAGGAGGAGAGUAGCAGCGAAGAGUUAAUCAUCGAAGAUGCCGAAGAAGAGGAAUGUCCAAACAGUGAUAAGGUGUCAAUUGAUACAGAAGUGACAGGAGACCAGAGAAGGAUGGGAGACGAGGAGGAGGGAGAAAACAGCGGAGAGGAGAUUGUGGAAGCUGGAAGCAUCGAGAGCAGGGAAGAGGAAGAAUCUCCAUCUCAGAGAUUAGAGGAAAUAAGGCAGCGCUACGGAGAUUUUUGCCAGAACAGCAAUGCUUUCCAGGAGAUGAUGCUGAGACUCAAAGCUGGCUGGCUAGGCCAGAACGAGGGCUCGUCUUUGCUGGCAGGUUCGGAGCGACUGCAGCUGAACAGGAUGAUGUGGGGUGGAGACGAAGUCAACUUCUGCCCCGACGAAGGCCAAGCCGGGGCAUCUGUGGGCGGCUCACUGGAGAGCCGAGGUUCGAUCUCCAUUCCAUUUGGCGGAGGCUUCUUCGACUUCAGCGAAUUUGCAGUCCAGCAGAGCUUCCUCCAGGGGAAGGGUCCGGAUCUCUCGAAGGCAUUCGGGAUGAGUCCGUCACUACUGGGAGUCCCGCCGCCGGUGGUGGAGAAGCCGUACAAAUGCAACGAAUGCGGCAAGAGCUUCGGGAAGCGUUCGACCCUGAACACGCACGGGCGGACUCACACGGGGGAGAAGCCCUUCAAGUGCUCCCACUGCGACAAGCGCUUCAGCCAGAGCUCCCACCUCCAGCUCCACGAGCGGACCCACACGGGGGAGAAGCCGUACAAGUGCCUGCUGUGCGAGAAGAGCUACAACCAGCGCUCAAGCCUCAUCAUCCACGAGCGGAGUCACACAGGGGAGAAGCCCUACACUUGCCUGGAAUGUGGCAAGAGCUUCAGCCAGAAGGCCACCUUAGUCCUCCACGAGAAGAGCCACCGGGGAGAGAAACCCUACAAGUGCCUGGAGUGUGGCAAGGGCUUCAGCCUGAGCGCCGACCUCAUCCGCCACCAGAGCAUCCACACGGGGGAGAAGCCCUACACAUGCUCUGAGUGCGGGAAGAGCUUCAGCCAGAACUCCCACCUCAUGGCCCACAUCCGGACCCACACGGGCGAGAAGCCUCACAAGUGCAUAGAGUGCGGCAAGGGCUUCAACUGGAGCUCGGAGCUCAUCGCCCACGAGCGGACCCACACGGGCGAGAAGCCCUACCAGUGCCUCUACUGCGAGAAGAGCUUCAGCGUCCGGUCGAGCCUCAGCAAGCACGAGCGGACCCAUACGGGCGAGAAGCCCUACAUCUGCCUCCAGUGUGGCAAGGGCUUCAUCCAGCGCUCCAGCUUGGUGGCCCACGAGCGGUCCCACACGGGCGAAAGGCCCUAUAUGUGCCUGGGCUGCGGGAAGUGUUUCCGGGAGAGCUCCCAGCUCAUCGCCCAUGAGCGCACCCACACCACCGAGAAGCCCUACCUCUGCCCCGAAUGCGGGAGCUGCUUCAAGGCCAAGGCGGCCCUCAUCCGGCACCAGCGCAGCCACCUGGGCCUGAACUCCUUUAUAUGCGCCGACUGCGGGAAGAUCUUCUCCUCCAGCGCAGAGCAUCCAGAGAAGUGCCCUGAAUGUGUCAAUCUGAUCUUGAUGUCGGACCUCUCCCGGGUCUCCGAAGAGGCCUGCCCACCAAGAGCAGAAGAAGGAGCAGCCACAGAAGAAAGCACUCAUGUAAAGAUGUGAAUGACCUCUCCUUCCCUUCAGCAGUCCCCACAUCAUGACAUGAAAAAUCGGUGUAUAAAAGGACUACGACAUGGUUGUUUUCAUAAUUAAAAGGAGGCUAAAUUGGGCUUAAAGACCUCUUCCAAAGAGUUGCUGACUAAAGGUGCAUCUACACCAGGCCUGAGCAAUUUUUGGCCCUCCAGGUGUUUUGGACUUCAACUCCCACAAUUCCUAACAGCCGG